UCCGUUCAUGCGGGAUAUUCUAAUAUUAUCGUUCACAAAAUUGUUGGUUAUAUGUACAAAUUCAUAACUUUCGUAAUGGAUUAAACAACAGCAUCUUUAAACAUAAAGUGGUACUCUCGGACAGCUAUUUGUGUACAGAAACAUCAAUUGACAUGUGGAAGCCUUCAAUUUUAACAGUAUGGUGUCUUAUCGCGUGUGAGAAUAACGUGAAUGCUGAUCUACACAAGCACCUGAAAUACUUUGAAACUCUGAAGUUGUCAGAUUUCACUCACCGUGUCCGAAGAUCUACUGAUGUGUGGCCUACAUCUCAUUUGUACGAAAUCACAGUGCCAACACUCGGCAGACAGUUCCACCUGGUUCUUAAACCGUCUCUGAUCCUGUCUUCAAACUUCAAGGCCACCAUUAUUGGUAGAGAUGGAAGGUCGACUGAUUUCAACAUUGAUCGGGACCGGCUGCUCACUGGUAGUGUUAGUGAUGAUCCUGAGUCCACUGCAAAUGUCAACUUUGAAGACAGCGGCACCAUCCUUGCUAAUAUCAUAACUAAAGAGGAUACAUACAUCAUUGAACCGUCACUGAGGUUCCUCCCUGAGUCAGACAACCACACCAUGAUCGCCUACAGGCAGUCAGACGUGCGCUUUGAGUUUCCUGAUCGAGGGACUCACCUGCAUCCUGUGUGUGGAAUAAAAGAAGGGGAGGGCUAUGAUGCUGAACUUCAUGGCAGAGUAGAAGUUAACCCCCAUGACAUUCCAAUACGAAUGAAGAGACAGUCCCCAUAUCUAGGUGGGAGGACGACCUGCCAGGUCAUGGUGGUUGCUGACUACACGUUCUUCAGACACGUUGGUGGGGGUACUGCCUCCAACACAGCGGUGUACCUGAUAAAUACAAUCCAAUUUGUGAAUGCCAUCUACAGGAAGACCCAGUUUGACACUAGGGACAACAAAAUGAUUGGAGUGGGCUUUGAAAUUGGGGAGAUGCGAAUCCACAAUGACACAACCCCCAGCUCACAGACACUGCAGGGUCGUACUCACUACAACGUAGAGACUGGAUACUGGGACACCAAGGACCUUCUAGAGGCGUUCAGUUUUGAGGACCACUUGCGGCGGUACUGCCUGGCCCACCUGUUCACAUACAGACAGUUCUCUGAUGGUGUGUUGGGCCUGGCGUACAUAGCCUCUGAUCGGCAGUCUGCUGUGGGAGGAAUCUGCUCAAAUGCCUACCCAAAGUAUUCCGGUGUUACCAUGAGUUUGAACACUGGUUGGAGCUCGUCCUUGAACUCUGGAGGUCACAGACUCCUGGCACUGCAGGCUCAGCUCGUUACAGCUCAUGAGUUUGGCCACAACAUGGGCAGUGAACACGACCCAGAGACAGAUGACUGUGCCCCCUCCGAGUACAAGGACGGCAGAUACAUCAUGUACCCCUGGGCAGUCAGCGGAUAUGACAAGAAUAAUAACUUUUUUUCACCUUGCAGUCGGGAAUACAUAUUCAAGGUUCUGAAAGUCAAAGGGUUCAAUUGUUUCAUAGAGGGCUCUCAAGAUGGUGCGUUCUGUGGUAAUGGACGCAUAGACGAGGGUGAGCAGUGUGAUGCAGGCUACAGCACCAACAACGACGCAGAUGUCUGCUGUGACAGCAAAUGUAAACUGAGGAAAGGAAUGAAGUGCAGCCCAUGGAACUACCCAUGCUGCACGUCUGGCUGUCAGCCUGCUAGCAGUGGUGUUGUCUGCAGACCUUCACUGGAAGAGUCCUGUCUGGGCGAGAUCAAGUGCAAUGGAAUAAACAUAACAUGUCCAAACACGCUGAACAACAAACCAGACAAGACGCCAUGCAUUGACCAGGGUACAUGCAAGAGCGGUCUCUGCCUCAACUACUGUGAGAACUUUGAUCAGAAUCUGCAACCAUGUAUUUGUCCAGACCCAGAGAAGGCGUGUCAUCGCUGCUGCAAGUCCAAGCAUUCGGAGGGACAAUGCACUAGUAUUAACCAAACACUGUUACCAGAUGGGAGACCUUGCUACCAGGGAAUAUGUCAGCAGGGAUCCUGCAAAAAGCAGCGGCAAGAUAUGGUCCAGCGACUCUUUGAUAUCAUACAAGAUAUUACACCUGAUCAGUUUGUUGCCUUCAUGAGGAGUAACAUUGUGGGUACAGUCAUUGUUCUCUCCCUAAUCAUCUGGAUACCAGUGAGCUGCUUCAUUAGCUUCCAUGAUAAGAAGGUAGUUAAAAAGGAGAAAGAAAGACGAGACUGGAUGAAUAAAUCUAACACGAACUUCACUUCAAUUGAUGACGCUUUCCACAUUAAACCUGCUACAACUCCAGUUCUGCGUCCAAGAAUGUAUGUGCGAAACCAAGCCAGAUGGCCCGAACAUCUAAACCCAAGUGGAGAUAAGCCUGUUCUUGAGCCUGUGGUUGCAAAGCCACUACGUACGAGCCCACGAUUGCAGAUUAAAGCGCCUGGCUUUGAUGUAGUGCCACAAUUUACAUACAGCCAAAGCGAUAGAGAUUUCGGUUUUAAUCCACCAGAUGGCAUAGAUGAUGGAAAGGAGACAAUCUUAUGAAGGCCUUUUAUAGUUUUUAUAGGGUUUAGUAAGGUUUUACAAUUGCAAUUUAUGUUUGUUUUUUAGGAGAUGUCAUGCAACAUGAUUUUAAACUUUGGUGAUAGGCCUUUAGUUAUACAUGACGGAGAGAUUGCAGACACUUGUUAUUCGAAAGCUUUUUAACCUUGGUAUGAUGUAUGUAAUUACAACAUUACCAUGAUACGAGUGUUGUAUAAUAAUGGAUUCUGGUUCUGGGAAUACUGGGCCGACUGUAUGUGCAUAAAGUGUAAUCCCACAUAUAAGGCUGUGCAGUCUUGCAAAAGCUAAUCAGGGACAACAAUUUCAGCUUUUAUGGAAUUUUUCCUUUGGAGAAAGUCUCUUUUUAACAAAAAAUCAAGCUUAGGCAGAUUGCACAGGCUUAUCUUGGAUGACACCUCAGGCGCAUGCAUUAAGCAUUAAGUGUUUCGAGAACAAAGUUCAAUUAAAAAAUUGAGUAAGUGUUCAGUACCAAGUAAAUAAUGAUGGCAUGUGUUGACUUCUGGUGAAGAUUUAAUUGAACUUGCUGUUAGCAGUUCGGAAUGUUAGAAAACUAUUGAUUUUAUGGAAUUCAGAAGGACUUAUAUUGAAUUUCAAUAUUUAUAUUAAAGUAACAUUACUACUCAAAAUCAACAAACAUUUCGUACAAUGUUUCGUAAAAUAAACUUAGCCAAUUAAAAAUCAGUGUUCCUUAUGGCAAUUGCUGAAAUUUCAACGCCAGAUGUGGUCUAAUAAAAUAGAUGUUUGUAGAUACAAAAUGCUCAUUUUUAUUAUUGUUUUGCAUACUUACGGUAAUUCCAUUUUAAUUUCCUGCAACGUUGUCUAUUCAUAGGACACAUGAACACUAACAUGGCGUUUGUGUGUCGUAUGAAUAGAUAUAUUCGCGGGAAAUUAAAAUGGAAUUAAUUGUGUCACAAAUAAAUAAAAACGAGCAUUUUGUAUCUACAAAAAUGUAUGUAAUCAUAUCACAUCUAGCGUUGAAAUUGUGGCUAUUGCUAUAAGGAACUCUAAUUUUUUAGGUGUUAACUUUAUUUUACGAAAUACUUUACGAUAUUUUCGUUGAUUUUAUAGAAGUUUUAAAGCUUUAUUAUCUGAUAUUAAAAAAUUAGGCAUAUAAACACUGAAAAGUCAAUUUCAGUGAAAUGCAGACAAGUUUGUGCUUUUUAAAAAAAGGAUAGCAAAAUGUUGCUCUAAAAACAUAUUUUUUAUGAUAUUUUGAAGUCUGUCCAUAUUCAGGAGGACUUAACAGGAAUAAACUCACAAUAUUAUUAUAGUUGUUAAGCGAUCUUUUGACGAAACAUGGCUUUGUGAAUGUUGCUGUAAGAGAUUGGAAAGAAACACUUUUCUAUUUAAAAAAUUCAGUUAUGAAUUUUGGGUUUAUUCCAUGUCUUCCAUGACAAUAUACAUAUUCUGAUGCCAGUGUGUAUGUUUCCAAAUUUAUAAUAUAACUGUCGAAAUUUCAGACAUGCUCUUAAUCGUCAAAGGUUGAAAUUCUUACAUGUUAGUGAAUUUACUUUCAAUAUCAUUGUUUAACCUUUUGCAUGCUGGGAAAUUUGUAGUCUGCUAAAAUGUCGUCUGCU